CAACUCCCAACGCCCGACGCACGCAACGGAUAAACCUUUGCCGCCGAGCAAACCCCACCGACCGCCCGCAACGUAGAGCCUCACGACACCUUCGCCUCUUGCGCACGCAUACGAGAAAACAACUCCCCCACCGAGCCCAGGUUAGCGAACGGUCGAGCGACGCCCCAACACCCUUUUCCAGACGAACAGCAGGAAGAUACGCACACCAUGUCUCUCACAAAUUGCCGGUUCUACGAGGAGAAGUACCCGGAGGUGGAGAGCUUCGUUAUGGUCAACGUCAAGCAGAUUGCAGAGAUGGGCGCAUACGUCAAGCUGCUCGAGUAUGACAACAUCGACGGCAUGAUCCUGCUCUCCGAACUGUCGCGCAGACGUAUUCGAUCCAUCCAGAAGCUCAUUCGCGUCGGCCGCAACGAGGUCGUCGUUGUGCUCCGUGUCGACAAGGACAAGGGUUACAUUGAUUUGUCGAAGCGUCGUGUGUCGCCUGAGGAUAUCGUCAAGUGCGAGGAGCGCUACAACAAGUCGAAGAUGGUCCACAGCAUCAUGCGCCACGUCGCCGAGAAGACGCAGACACCGAUCGAGGAGAUCUACCAGACAAUCGGGUGGCCGCUGAACAAGAAGUACGGCCACUCGAUCGACGCCUUCAAGCUCAGCAUCACCAACCCUGAGGUUUGGAACGACGUUACCUUCCCCAACGAUGUCGUCAAGGAGGAGCUGCAGAGCUACAUUGGCAAGAGGCUGACGCCCCAGCCCACCAAGGUGCGAUCGGACAUUGAGGUCACUUGCUUCGGCUACGAGGGUAUCGACGCCGUCAAGGAGGCUCUGCGCACCGCUGAGGCCAAGAACACCCCUGACAACCAGGUCAAGGUCAAGCUUGUAUCGCCUCCUCUCUAUGUCCUUACCUCGCACUGCCUCGACAAGAGCGCCGGUAUCGCGACGCUCGAGCAGGCCAUCGAAGAUAUCAAGGCGAGCAUCACAAAAGCGGGCGGCGAUUGCCAGGUCAGGAUGGCUCCCCGUGCCGUUACCGAGAACGAUGACGCCGAACUCGCGGCGCUCAUGGAGAAGCGUGAGCGUGAGAACCAGCAGGUCAGUGGUGACGAGGACGAGAGCUCGAGCGAUGAGGGCGAGGUUGGUGCGGCGGCAGCUGAGGCCUAGACGACUUUUGCAUGUUGAACGAUAAUGAUGGGACAUGGUCAAAAGUGGAUACCGGCGUUUGGGGCUCGACUACCAUUCCUCGAGCAUGUACGCGGCAUAUCUGACAUGUAUAGCAUUUCCAUUCUGGAUGGGUGUCGAAUUGCACACCCUAGACCUUCAAUGAUAAAAGAG